CUUCCUCACUGGUGCUAGCAACUUUGACACUGAACAUGUUUCCUCUCGCGACUCUGACUGUCGCCGCCGUUCUCUGCAUGGCAAAUGCGGCGAGUGCCAAAUAUGUCUUUGCGCAUUUCAUGGCUCAAAACUCCUACUCUUACGCGCAAAGCGACUGGGUGAACGACAUGACAACUGCCAAGAAUAUUGGCAUCGACGGUUUUGCUUUAAAUAUAGCCAACGGAACUGAUUACGAGAUCGACCCUCAGCUCGGGUACGCAUACGCGGCGGCGGAACAGGUUGGCUUCCAGCUGUUCUAUUCAUUUGACAUGUCCUACACGUGGGACGCCGCCACGAUUGCCAGCGUCGUUGCGAGCUACGCAUCAAGCUCGAGCGCGUUCCGCUACGGCGAUAACAACAACCUUCUUGUGUCAAGCUACUCCGGCGAGAGCUACGGCGACUCGUUCUGGUCGGGCGUGAAGAGCACUCUUUCGGGCCAGGGCAUCGACAUCACGUUUGCCCCCGCGUUUACGUCGUAUCGCGAUCCGUCGGAGAAUACGACGCUGCUGUCUACGUUCCCGUCUAUUGACGGAUUCUUCAACUGGUGGUCUUGGCCCGCUGAUGUUGAUGCCAACUUGACCACCGCAACGGAUGUCGCGUACCAGGCCGCGGCUGAAUCCCGUGGUGGACCCUACAUCAUGGCUGUGUCCCCCUGGCAAUUCAAGAACCUCAACGCUGGCUCAGACACGGAUUGGGUCGAGUACAGCGACACUCUCUGGGACUACCGCUGGCAACAAGCCUUGGAGGUCCAGCCUGACAUCGUCGAGAUUGUAACCUGGAACGACUACGCCGAAUCGCACUACAUUGGUGAUAUCAACCCCAACGUGAAUCUCGGCACAGAAGCACCUCUCUAUGUUGACGGCUUUGUCCAUGCGGCCUGGCGUGAUGUGGCACAGUACUACAUCUCGUGGUACAAGACCGGCGCCCAGCCUUCCAUCUCGGACGAGGAGGUAGUCUUUUGGUACCGCGCAUACCCCAAAGGCGUGACCUGUAGCACUGGCAGCCUCCCCCGCAACGCCGACUUCCCCGCCGACGCCGUCUUUGCGAUCGCUAUGCUCGGGUCGCCUGCGACCCUCACUCUCGCUAUUGGCUCGCAGGAGACGAACUGGAGCGCGCCCGCCGGCCUCUCCAUGGGGUACGUCCCGUUCCCGACCGAGGACGCACAGAUUCCGUACAUUGAGGUGAGCCGUGAUGGCACGAAAGUGUUCGACGGAUACGGCUCGAUGUAUGUCAAUCAAACGGGCUGCGAUUACUACAACUUCAACCCGUUCGUCGGCAAGGCGCCUAACUAACUUUCAUGGAGGAGAGAUUUCUCUGGAGGCUUAUUUGAUACGUUUCGGUCUGGUCAUAUGUAUAGACGAUUAUUUGCCACCUUUUUGAAGAUAUUCUGGUGAUUUUUACAACUG